CACGUUUCCGCGGCCUGAGCCAUCGUCUCUUAUGGAUGGUUUCCAGCCACUCAGUUUCGGGAAAGCAUCUUCAUGCGCCGUAAAAGUAACAAGGUAACUACGUCAGCGCUGCUCGUCCAUGUCUUUUGAAAAGCGCGACAUGAGUCUGAACGAGCAUUCACUGCAAGCACUGUCCUGGAGGAAGCUCUACCUGAGCCGGGCUAAAUUGAAGGCUUCUAGCCGGACAUCAGCUCUGCUUUCUGGAUUCGCUAUGGUGGCUAUGGUAGAAGUGCAGCUAGACAACAGCUAUCCUUACCCACCUGCUCUCCUUAUUGCCUUCAGUGCCUGCACCACUGUGCUUGUGGCUGUUCACCUGUUCGCUCUGAUGGUUAGCACCUGCAUUCUGCCCAAUAUAGAGGCUGUCAGCAACGUCCACAACCUCAACUCUGUGAAGGAGUCUCCGCACGAGCGAAUGCACCGGCACAUUGAACUUGCGUGGGCUUUUUCUACUGUUAUUGGUACUUUGCUCUUCCUGGCUGAGGUGGUCCUACUCUGCUGGGUCAAAUUUUUGCCUGUGAAGCCCAACAAGUCCAGCAAUAAUACAGUUUCAUCCGGUGUGGCUGCUGCUAUUACCUCCACCUCUAUUAUGGUCCCCUUUGGUUUAGUCUUCAUAGUCUUUGCUGUGCAUUUCUACCGCUCUUUGGUCAGCCACAAGACUGACAGACAGUUCCAGGAGCUGGAGGAGCUAUCUAAUCUCACCAGGUUACAAAACGAGCUGGACAACAGAGGGGAAUCUUCCAUCUUGCAGUCUCCAAGUUCGCAUUUCCCAUAGACAGCUAUGGUAGAUGCGUAUUGCUGUUGGAACUCUGACUCCUUUGGGUUUCUCCGAGCCAGACGCCACAUUAUUGGCGUCUGAUUUUUUACAGGAAUGAAGAUAUCUCACCUCUUUAUUGUGAAUUUUACUUUUGUGAAAAGUUUUUGGUUUUUUUUAGAAAACAUGUUGUUUUAUCAAUUGUGAACUCACAAAUCUGCCAUAAUGCAUGUAACUUGAAAUUGAGAAGUCUUAACUGUGAUAGUUGCUUGAUUGAUCUCUUACAUUAUGGCAGAGACACCUGAACAGUAACUUGGAAACCUGUCUGUUGCCUGCUGCAUUUAUUUACCUGUUUGUCAGUGAACCCUGCAUUUGUUAAUCAAUAUUACCCUACUGUGUUUUGUGAACCACAAGUAUUUAACUCUUUCCUCUAUAUUCACUGUACACAUGAUUGUAAUUUUCAUUAUUUGUAAUGGCUGCUGUUUGUGUUGACUGACUCAACAGCUGACAAAACAACAGUAUUAUUAGAUUAUAUUUGCUGACAUCUGUAGCACAGACUGUGGUGUUAAAAUAAAAGUUUUUUUACAUAGUGGCA